CCAUGGAGGGGGCCUUUGCCCAGCACAGCGUGCGAAUCCUUCAAGAGCUCAACCGCCAGCGCCAGAAGGGCCAGUUUUGCGAUGCCACCCUGGCCGUGGGCAGCCUGGUCUUCAAAGCCCACUGGAGCGUCCUGGCCUGCUGCAGCUCCUUCUUCCAAACCACGUACGGUGCCGAUGGUGGCGCCUCCCGCAAAGUCACCCUCCCGGAGACCUUCAUGGAGGCCUUCACCCUCCUCCUUGACUUCUUCUACACCGGCCACUUGGCCGUCACCCCGGACAACCGGGACCGGCUGCUGGAGACGGCCAAGGAGCUCUGCGUCCCUGAGGCCAUCCAGCUGUGCCAGGAGUUCCCAUCCGGCCCCUCGCAGAGCGGCCAAGUUCCCGUCGACCGAGAUCCCAACGCCACUCCGCCGGCGGAGGAGCCGACUGGCGAGGCUGAGCCUCCUGGCCCGCCGGACGUGGAAAGUCCCCGGAUCCGGGGCAUCAAAGGAGCUCAGGGGCCCCCAGACGGCCCCGGCCUCCCUCGGGGGAAGUUGAAAAGGCUCCCCAAAACAAACGUUGUAAGCCGCCUGGGCGACGUAAAGGAUACCCCGGAAUGUAAGGAACUUAAACGGCCCCUGAAAAACGAAGCCGCCGAGGACGCGGGCGCCAGUCACGAGGAGACCCCAGAGCUCCUGGGAUCGAGCGAUCUCCCUUCUGAGGAUCUCAGUGGAGGAAGGGAAAAAGGUGACACGGAUGAAGAUUACGUCCCUGGUCAGGAGAGCGCCCGGGCGAGAAAAAGACCGUCCUUAACCAGAGCCUCUCGCAGCAGCUCCAAAAAACCCGGAAACGGGCACAAUCACAAGGCUGCGGCCCUCAGACCCCGGCGAGGCACGGCAGAACCGGUUGAAUGUCCCACCUGCCAUAAGUCUUUCCUGAGCAAAUAUUACCUGAAGGUCCACAACAGGAAGCACACGGGGGAGAAGCCGUUUGAAUGUUCCAAGUGCGGGAAGUGCUACUUCCGGAAGGAAAACCUGCUGGAUCACGAAGCCAGGAACUGCGUGAACCGGUCAGAGCAGGUGCACACCUGCUCUGUCUGUCAAGAGGUCUUCAAGAAGCGGGUUGAACUCCGCCUGCACAUGGUCAGCCACACGGGCGAAAUGCCUUACAAGUGCUGUUCCUGCAUCCAGCAAUUCAUGCAGAAGAAAGAACUGCAAAGCCACCUCAUCAAGUCGCACGGGGCCCCCAAGCCCCACGCGUGCUCCUCCUGCCCCAAAUGCUUCCUCUCCCGCACGGAGCUGAGCUUCCACGAAGCCUUCAAGCACCGGGGCGAGAAGCUCUUCGUCUGCGAGGAGUGCGGCCACCGGGCCUCCAGCCGGAACGGCUUGCAAAUGCACGUCAAGGCCAAGCACAGGAACGAGCGGCCGCACGUCUGCGAGUUCUGCCAGCACGCCUUCACCCAGAAAGCCAACCUCAACAUGCACCUCCGGACCCACACGGGCGAGAAACCCUUCCAGUGUCACCUCUGCGGGAAAACCUUCCGCACACAAGCGAGCCUGGAUAAGCACAACCGGACCCACACGGGCGAGCGCCCCUUCAGCUGCGAGUUUUGUGCCCAGCGGUUCACUGAGCGGGGUCCGCUCCUCCGGCACGUGGCCAGCCGCCACCAGGAAGGACGGCCACAUUUCUGCCAGAUCUGCGGGAAAACGUUCAAAGCGGUGGAACAGUUGCGAGUCCACGUCCGGCGACACAAAGGGAUGCGGAAGUUUGAGUGCACGGAAUGUGGAUACAAAUUCACACGGCAGGCUCACCUGAGACGCCACAUGGAAAUCCACGACCGGGUGAAGAAUUACAACCCUCGCCAGAGGAAGCUACGCAACCUGGUCAUCGAGGACGAGAAAGUGGUGGUUGUGGCUCUGCAGGCCCCCAACGUCCUGGAGGUGGGCUCUGCGGAGGUGAUUGUGGAGGCCCUGGCCCAGAGCGCCGCCCCCAGCGUGGAUCUCUCGGCCGGACAGAGACUCUGCCCCGCCGAGAAUUUGGGCCCCGCCGAAGUCACGGAACAGACCUUCCUCAUAACUAUCCCGAACAAUUGCGGGAUGUAGCGGGGUGCUCCCCAUAAUAAACGAUUAACCAAG